UUCUUUGCAGCCAAUGCAGCACUUCGGGAAGAGGCUUGGCCGAGAGAGGAGCUCUGCUUGCGAGUUCCUCUCUCCUUUCAAUUGACUGCAGCGGGGACUGGGCUUUUUUGAGAGGGGGAAUAGGGAAUUCUUUAUUCAGGCAGCUGGGAGGGCGGUGGGCGGCGGCCUUUAUUCGUGCGGGGAAUGGGACGGCGAAGGAGAAAUCGGCCAGCAGGGAGGGCGGGAGGACAGUUGGCGCCGCGGGAAACAUUUGAGAAACUAUCUUCCAUUUGGCCAACAUGGCCACCACUGUCACACAAGCACUUCCAAGUCCCCUGCCAUUCCCUCUCCCUCUCCCUCUCCGCGGACAACCAAUCACAAACCUGGAAAACUCCCCCCCCCUUACCAGCUAAGGGCGGGAAAAGUGGGUGCAUAAAUAACGGGAGCGCGAGACAGGCUAACAGACUAACGGUCACCGCUAGAGCAGAGCGUAAGGAGAGUAGAAAACGUUGUAUAUUAUUGCCUCCACAUUGACUAAAAAAAAUAAAUAUAAUUAACUAGAUUAAAUAAAUAAAUAAAUAAAUACAAAGGCAGGACACAAAACUCCCUGAGGGGAGUCAGCCGGCUAACCAACAGGGAAGCCCUUUUCUUCUCACAACAGCAGAGACAGUGCCAUCCCUUGCCUAUAGUGGAGAAUUGGAGAAAAUACCACAGAGGGUCAUACAUAAAUAAACUUCAAAGGGGGCACGAAAUAGAACCUAAAAAAAGGAGUGAAAGAGAGAGAGAGGAAAGAAGGAGAGUCCACAUAUAUUGCCCUCAAAGGAGGCAAAAAUCAAAAUCGGGGGAAAAGGGGAAAAAAGAAACAGAGAGAAAAGACAGGAAAGAAGGAGAGUCCACAUAUAUUUGACUUAUAGACACUGCCCUCAAAGGGGGCAAAAAACAAAAUCUGAUAAAAUUUAAAAAGAACAAAAAGACACGUGAAACACUGACUUCGCCUUGGCCAGGAUCCUCAACCCAGAACCCACUAACGCACAGGGAAGUCACAGCCAGGCAGAAGAAACAAGAUAAUAAUCAAAUCACCAAUAUUCCUGCUGAUACCAGCAGUGUGAAAUAAACCACAGUUACAAAACCUUCAAAGGGGGCAAAAACCAAAAUCUAAACAAAGGAGCAUAAGAGAGAGAGAGGAAAGACAGGAAAGAAGGAGAGCCCACAUUUAUUAGACUUGGACACUGCCCUCAAAGGGGGCAAAAACCAAAAUCUAAACAAAGGAGCAUAAGACAGAGACAGGAAAGAAGGAGAGUCCACAUAUAUUUGACUUAUAGACACUGCCCUCAAAGGGGGCAAAAAACAAAAUCUGAUAAAAUUUAUAAAGAACAAAAAGACACGUGAAACACUGACUUCGCCUUGACCAGAAUCCUCAACCCAGAGCCCACUAACACUCAGGGAAGUCACAGCCAGGCAGAAGAAACAAGAUAAUAAUCAAAUCACCAAUAUUCCUGCUGAUACCAGGAGUGAGAAAUAAACCACAGUUACAAAACCUUCAAAGUGGGCAAAAACCAAAAUCUAAACAAAGGAGCAUAAGAGAGAGAGAGGAAAGACAGGAAAGAAGGAGAGCCCACAUUUAUUAGACUUGGACACUGCCCUCAAAGGAGGCAAAAAAAUAAAAAAUCUAAAAAAAAAACCCAAAGAGAGAGAGAUAGAAAAAAGGCAGGAAAUAAGGAGAGUGAGAAAGCAAAAAAGUGAGGAAAAUCCUAGCUGCUCUUACUUCAGACCUGCAUCUCAAACCACAGUUACAAAACCUUCAAACGGGACAAAAAACAAAAUCUAAACAAAGGAGCAUUAAAGAGAGAGAGAGGAAAGAAGGAGAGUCCAUAUUUAUUAGACUUGGACACUGCCCUCAAAGGAGGCAAAAAACAAAAUCUAAACAAAGGAGCAAAAGAGAGAGAGAUAGAAAAAAGGCAGGAAAUAAGGAGAGUGUGAAAGCAAAAAAGUGAGGAAAAUCCUUGCUGCUCUUACUUCAGACCUGCAUCUCCAGCAGGAUUAAAAGUUAGUGCCUUAGGCCAAGCUCUGCCACAUACCAGGUUCCAGUGAAGAACACCUCUCACAGCAGCUCAAGGAAUUGGAACCACAACACAAUAAACAGCUAAUUCACCACACACCCAAAUUCAUACACAUAUAUUUGGCUUAGGCACUGUCCUGAAAGGGGGCAAAAAACAAAAUCCAAGAAAAUUUAUAAAGAACAAAAACACAUGUGAAACACUGACUUCGCCUUGGCCAAGAUCCUCAGCCCAGGGUCCACUAACACACAGGGAAGUCACAGCCAGGCAGAAGAAACAAGAUAAUAAUCAAAUCACCAAUAUUCCUGCUGAUACCAGCAGUGUGAAAUAAACCACAGUUACAAAACAAUAAGAACAAAAAGUCUGUACAGUACAUUCAGCCAAAAUAAAUAAAGAAUAAAAGGCCAAUUUACAAAGAGAAAAAUAAAACAAAAAUUGAAACUAAGAAACAUGGCCUCCAUAGCACAAGAAGAGAACAUAAAAAUGACAGCCAACAGAGAAAUCCAACAAGACAUAGAGAAGCAGCAAAUAGAGAAAGAUAAAAAGAAUUACCAAAUACUAAUGAACAAGAAAAAAGCAGAACGCGAGAAACACAGACGCGCAAAAAGAACAAAUGAACAGAAGGAAAAUGAACAGCACAGACACACACAACGACGUAGAGAAAACAGAGCAAAGCAGACACCAGAAGUAAAACAUAUGGAGAAAGAGCUAACUAGCCACCAGAAACAAACAAAACAGGAAAAAGCAGAAAAAGAAAACCAAAGACGAACACAGAGAACAUUUGAGCAGAGACAAAUUGAGCAGCAAAAAAUAAAAAUGAGACGCAUUAAAAAAAAUCAAAUCAAACUCCAGAAGAACAACAAACACAGCAAAAACAACAUGCAGAGAAGGAGAGAACAAGAAGAAGAGGUCAGACUGCUGAACAACAAAAAAUGCAUCGCCAAGAAGUAACCCAUAAAAAAAGAUCCCAAAAUCUGGAAUAUCAGGCUGCAAUCACCACAACAUCCAUUCUAAAUGACAAUACAGAGCACAACCAGAACAACAUCAAACCACACAACUGCGGCAGUUUGGACCAAAGAUGCGAAUUCUGUGCUGCAAAGCAUUUUAAGGAAGAAAGACCCACAGAUCAAAAAUUCACACAUUGCUGCUCUAAGGGAAAAGUACAUCUACCCCCCAUAAAAACAAUGCCAUUCAUCCAGCAGCUUAUGACAGGCCAACAUCAACACAGCAGAAACUUUACGGAGAAUGUCAGAUCGAUAAAUAGUGCCUUAGCAUUUGCCUCCAUGGGAGCAAACAUUGUACCACCACCUGGCCAUGGGCCGUACUGCUUCCGGAUACACGGCUCAAUUUGCCACAGAACAGGGACACUGCACCCACAGCAGGGCCAAGACAGACAAUUUGCACAGUUAUACAUCUUGGAUCCCACUGAGGCCACAGAGAAAAGAAUGCUAAACAAAUCCAACACUAAAAUAAAACCUCAACUCAUGCAAGCGCUGAGUACACUUAUGGCUGAAAACAAUCCAUUUGCUGAAGCCUGCAAAAUGCUACACCAGGUAGAAAAAGAGUGUCAAGACAAUGCCCAUGAGACUGGCAAUGCUAUUCAGGAAGUGACCAUGUCAAUAGUCCACGAUCGUGAAAAUGACCCUAGACGAUAUAAUGCACCAAACCACAAUGAGGUAGCAUUCAUUUUCCAAAAUAACGAAGGAGAACCACCACUGGAAAGAGAUCUACUAAUACAUUGCAAGCCAAGUGCAGGCAACCCUGAUGAGAGAAAAACACAAAGGAUUAGUGUCCUAGAUCCAAAUCUAGAGCCAAUGGUGUACCCACUGCUAUUCCCCUGUGGAGAACAAAGCUGGGGGAUAGACAUACCUUUACAACUUAGGCCACAAGUCUUAAAAAAUUUAACAAAACAGCCACAUGCACCAAGAGUACGAGUCACCCAGAUGCAGUACUAUGGCUACCGUCUAUCCAUCAGAGACGAAUUUAACCCCUUCCUAAAUGCUGGACGCCUAACGCAGCAAUACAUGGUAGAUGCCUACGUUAAAACUGAGGCCAACAGACUCAAUUUUGUCCGGCAAAAUCAACCAAAAUUGAGAGUGGAGAAAUACUCAGGGUUGAUGGACCACUUAAAUGAAGUAGCCAAUGCAACAGGCCAAAUUCCCGGAAAGACAUUUAUUUUGCCAUCUUCAUUUCCAGGAAGCCCAAGAAAUAUGCUCCAAAACUAUCAGGAUGCAAUGGCCAUUGUUAGAAAGUACGGAAAACCAGAUCUCUUCAUUACAAUGACAUGUAACCCCAAGUGGGAUGAAAUUACAGAAAACCUAGAAUAUGGCCAAACAGCUGCAGCACGACCAGAUUUAGUGGCAAGAGUCUUUCACCUCAAACUCAGAUCACUAAUUGAAGACAUCUGCAAGAAGCAUAUAUUUGGAACACCCACAGCCAUUGUGUAUGUCAUAGAGUUCCAAAAAAGAGGCUUGCCACAUGCACACCUAUUACUCAUCCUAGCAGAAAACUAUAAACCUAAAACCGAAGCAUCCAUAGACAACAUAGUAUCUGCAGAAAUCCCAGACAUUGAAAAAACCCCACGACUUCAUGCAAUCAUUACAAAGCAUAUGAUACAUGGACCAUGUGGAACUCUCAACCAAUAUUCGCCAUGUAUGUCCAACCAAAAAUGCAUCAAAGAAUUCCCAAAAGAAUACCAAGAACAUACUAUCGCAAACAAAAACGGUUACCCUAAAUACAGAAGAAGAAACACUGGCCAGACAACAAUGCAAAAAGGAAAACCAGUUGAUAACAGGUGGGUUGUACCGUACAAUCCAUUCCUAGCCCUGAAAUACAACUGCCACAUCAACGUCGAAGUCUGCGCAUCAGUUAAGAGUGUAAAAUACCUCUUUAAAUAUAUAUACAAGGGCCACGAUUGCGCAAAAGUGGUGAUCCAGGAACAAGACAAUUUGAACCAUGAUGAAAUCAAAACCUACAUGGAUUCCAGGUAUGUCAGCGCACCAGAAGCAGCAUGGCGUCUAAAUGGAUUUGAGAUGCAUUACCAAUCCCAUUCAGUACACAGACUAGCAGUUCAUCUCCCAAACGAACAAUCAGUAAUUUUCAACCCCGAAGACAUUGGCACAGCAACCGACAGAGCUACAAAUCGUGAAACACAAUUGACAGCAUGGUUCAAACUAAAUCAACAAGACCAGAAAGCAAGAAACAUAUUAUACGCAGACAUCCCAUUACAUUAUGUCUUUGACACCAUAAACAGCACAUGGAAAAUACGCCAGCGUGGUGCAGAAAAAGUGAUUGGUAGAAUGUAUUCUGUGAACUUGCCAUCAGACCCAGAGCGCUACUGCCUACGCCUUUUACUGUUGCAUAUACCAGGAGCAACAUCCUAUGAACACCUCAGAACCGUGGAUGGAAAUGAAUACCCAACUUUCCAAGAAGCAGCAAAAACAAGAGGGCUCAUAAAUGAUGAACAAGUGUGGGAAAGUACACUAGAGGAUGCAGCACAUUACAACAUGCCCACACAAAUCAGAGAACUCUUUGCCUAUAUCUGUGUCUUUGCAUCCCUCCAAAACAUGCAGGAGCUAUUUACAAAAUAUGAACAAUACCUCAUUGAGGAUUACGUCCAUAAACAUUUACAACACAAUACCGAGUGCACAGUAUGCCGUGACCUCGCCCUCCAAGAAAUUGCCAAUAUUUUAACACUCCAUGGAAAGAAAUGCACAGACUACGGCUUGACAUACACCAUACAGAAUACAAAGCACCUGACAGAUACAUACAACCAAGCCUAUGAAAGACAAACAGCAGAAGAGAUGUCCAGAACCUUCAAUGAUGACCAAAAAUCAGCCAUAGAACAAAUUUUAGCAGCAAGCCAAAAUGAUGAGCUAGACCACCGCUGCUUUUUCUUGGACGGGCCAGGAGGCAGUGGAAAAACAUACUUAUAUAAAACCAUACUCAGCACAGUGCGUGGCCAAGGUGAAAUCGCACUCCCUGUAGCCUCCACAGGCAUAGCAGCUAACCUUCUACAAGGAGGCAGAACAUAUCACUCACAAUUCAAAUUGCCAGUACCCAUACUUGAAAACUCUGUGUCUAACAUGCGCCUCAAUUCUCAAGAUGCUAAAAAUCUAAAAAAAGCAAAAAUAAUCAUUUGGGAUGAGUCAACGAUGGCACCCAAUCAAGCACUAACAACUGUAGACAAACUAAUGAAAGAAAUCAUGGAGAACAACAAGCCCAUGGGAGGUAAAGUAUUUCUACUGGGAGGAGAUUUCCGACAAACACUACCAGUGGUGCCACACGGAAGUCAAACACAUAUCGUUGAGGCCUGCAUAAAAUUCAAUACUCUGUGGCCCACAUUCACAAUCCUCAAACUCAAAAACAAUAUAAGAUCCAAUGACCCAGAUUUCAGCGAGUGGCUAAUCAAGGUGGGCAAUGGAGAGACACCACGCAUUGAGGGAUUACCAGAAGAUAUCAUUGAGAUCCCAGAAAGCAUAAUAUGCAGAGAGAAUAUCGUGAGAGAGAUUUUUGGAGACAAUAUUCAAGUGCAAAACGUCCGAAAAAUAGCAAACAGAUCCAUCCUUUGCCCAAAAAACAGUGAUGUUGACACCAUCAAUGACCAGGUGCUCAACAUUUUGGAGGGCCAAGAAAUCAUUUAUCUCAGUUCAGACUCAAUAGAUGACAUCACCGAAGAAGAUUCCAAAAACUACCCAACAGAAUUCCUAAAUGACCAAACACCAACGGGAAUGCCCAAACAUACACUCACCCUGAAAGUAGGGCUAAUAAUGCUUCUUAGAAACCUAAACACAAAAAAAGGAUUAUGCAAUGGCACCCGCCUCAUUGUGGAAAACCUUGAAAAGAAUAUCAUCAUAGCACAAGUAAUUACAGGAUCAGCACAGGGAGACAUGGUCUUCAUUCCAAGAAUUGAUUUAGCACCAUCUUGCACUGACUUGCCAUUCACUUUAAGAAGACGACAAUACCCAGUCAAAUUGGCUUUCGCUAUGACAAUCAACAAAUCACAAGGACAAACCCUGGAAAAGGUCGGAAUCUAUUUGCCUGACCCAGUAUUCAGCCAUGGACAAUUAUAUGUAGCAUUAUCCAGAGUGAGAAGUUUUAACGACGUUGUGGUCAGGGUACUGGAAGGCCCAGAACAAGGAAGACUAAUAGCAGGCUCAGAACAAAUAUUCACCAAAAAUGUGGUAUAUAAAGAAAUACUGUAAGGGGGGAGGGGGGGAA